AUGACAAGUGGUGCAAACUCCUCAGGAUCUUACUUGUCCUCAAAAAGAAGUUCUAAAAUAGAGGACAACUACUUGAAAGAAUUGAAUGAGGACUUAAAACUAAGGAAGCAGGAACUUUUAGAGAUGUUAAAACCUCUAGAAAAUAAGAACAACCUCUUAUGCCAGAAGUUAAUGUCUAACUUGGAGGAAAAACAAAGAAGUUUGCAGAUCAUGAGGCAGAUCAUGGCAGGGAAAGGAUGUGAUGAAUCCUCAGUCAUGGAGCUCAUUAAAGAAGCAGAGGAGAUGAAACAGAACCUGGAAAGGAAAAACAAGAUGCUUCGGAAGGAAAUGGAGUUGCUAUGGAACAAGACAUUAGAGACAGAAGAACUUCGAGAUCAACAAAAGGCACCACAGAUAAAAACCAGGGCAGACUUACAGGAUGGAAAGGCUCCCAAAUUCCCCUCAUCAUCUAGCAAGAUCAAGGAUGAAUUGGAGAUAUUAUUUGCAGAGAAAGUGAAGGAGAUAAGAGGCUCUUUCUUCCACCAGGAAAAGCAACAGAGGAAAAUGGAAUGGGUCAAGUAUCAGGAACAAGCCAACAUCCUUCAGAAUGACUUUCAUGGCAAAGUGAUUGAGCUGAGAAUUGAAGCCUUGAAGAACUACCAGAAGGCCAAUGAAUUGAAAUUAUCACUGUACUUACAGCAGAAUUUUGCACCAAAGCAAACAUUUUUAAAUCUUCCAGGGUCCCAAGGUUCUAAGGGCACUACAACUAUGGGAAGAGCAACUACUGGCAGAAAUGAACUCAAUAUGAGAAUUCUGGGAUCAAAGACCUACAUUGCACAACAAGGAGCUAAAGAAAAUCAGUCCGAUGAUGCAGGAGGGAGGCUCUUAUUUCUGAGGUCACUGCCAGAUGAAGCUCUGAAGGAUUAA